GGCGGUACCGGUGAAGCCAGAGCGGGCUUGGUGGAUGACAAGGAGGCCUGAGUAGACCCCAGGUGGGUCUGAGAAAUGGGCUUAGGUGAGGCAGGUCUUUGAAGGAUUUGUUCUUAAUCCUAUGUGAGAUGCUCAAAAGGCUGGAGUCCUGCUUUUGUGGGUGAAGAGCAAGAAGAGAAAACAGGUUGUACAGAUACAGAUGUAGAUGGAGAGACAAAGGAAAAAAAAAAAAGAAGGCAGAGAAAUGUACCAGUUCUUUAGCUGUAUUAUCUCUGGACGUUGGGAUGGUGGGAGGCUUUAUUUUACACUGAUUUUGCCUAUACUGUUUUCUCAAUUUCCAGUUUUCUACAAAGAUGAUGUGUUAGCUUUUUCACGUAUUAAGAUUAACAUUUAAAACAGACCACACAAUAAAUAUUUCUUUUAAAAGGAGAUAUAUGCCCUGGGGAAGCUCCCCACGCAGCUGAGAGCCUGGCUGGUUGCAUUUCGGCUUCUUAGGUGCCAAGCCUGCUCGUGCCCCGGGGUCCCAGCCAGCCGGGGUCCCAGGAAGCUCGCGCCUCCUCCCCCUUGCGCCGUCGGUCUGGUUGCCAUGGAGACAAACCUUGCUGCGCAAAGACUGCGGAGCCGCCGGCCUGGGAGCUGGAACCCGGCGAGCCAGCGUCUGCAACAGGCUGGGGGCGGAAGGAGGAGCCAGGCGAAGCGGCGCCUCCGCUGAGAGGCCCGGCGGACCCUGCAGAGGCCCCCUGCCCCUCUGGCUCCGCCCCACCCGGGGCUGUAGAAAUACAGCCGCAGCCCAGACCACCGCCCACUGCGCUCCGACCCAGACCCAGCUGACCCACCUACCCGCGAUCCUGCCCAUGGCUGACGGACUCUUUAAGCGCAGACCCUGGGGUCCCGAGCAGAUUCGCCCGGACCCCGAGUCCGAAGGCCUGUUUGACAAGCCUCCCCCGGAAGACCCUCCCGCUGUCCGCGCGCCCAGGUCCGCGUCGGCCGCGGGCAGGAAGGCUGGUCGCCGCGCGGGCGGGAGGGCGCAGGGGGGCCGCGCCGGGCAGCCCCCGAAGGCCGCAUCGCGCCCCCAGCCCAAGGAGGAGGCGCCUCCACUGGUCGAGGGCUGCUAUCUCGACCAUUUUCCGCACCUCUCCAUCUUCAUCUACGCAGCCAUCGCCUUCUCCAUCACCUCCUGCAUCUUUACCUAUAUCCAUUUACAGCUUGCCUGAGUGGCCAGCGCGGGACGGGGUGGGCGCAGGACCGAGCGGGGAGGGAAAGGGAAAACAGGGCUCGGCAUUUUGUGUUUUGGAACACACCCCCUUCAUGUAGCUUUCGAUGCUUCUUUCCUUCUUUGUUGUCACUAUCUUUGUCUAUCAGUUGGAAAGUACAGAGUAGCUGCCGGCAAUGAAAUAAGGGUGCUGUUUGCACCUGCAGGUUAGGGUUGGGGGCGUUUAGAAUUCUGGGGUGUGAUUGAACCCCGUUUAUAAUUAGAAGAAUGUCGCUGGACCCCUACCACUCUGUGACGCGGGGGCACGCGCGGGGAGCCCAUCAUUUUGUGUUUGGGGAGCUCAGAGUGCGCCCAACCUUGGAUUCUUUAAGGGAUGAGCCAGACCCAGACCCGCGGCCUUCUAGAGAGGGUCCCGCGGGGAGGGUCGGCGCCCUGGCCCGGGCUGGGCCGGAGCCCUGUGAUGCUGCAUCGCCCCCAGGAGGAGCCAGCUGUGCCCCGGAGUUGGCGCGGCUGAGAGAGGACAAGACCGCGCAGCAGGCGUAGCUGGAGGGCGGGACUCGACUUUGUUGUCGCUGCCUGGAGAAGCCGGAGGAGCUGUCUUACCAGGAGACCACGCCCUGGAAGUGUCCGGGACUUGCGGGACCUGUGGCUGCAAACCCCACUGGGACGUAGGCCCAGAGCUGGCGCACUCCUCAGGAUGAGACUCUGGGGCCCUAGCCGGGGUCCACGGGAGGGCUGUCCUUGGGGACUCUAGGAUGGCUUCGUUCUGGCCCGGAGCCUUUCUGGAGCUGUGGGACCCAAGACAAAAGGGGCUGAGGGAUGUAUCAUUGACAAGGGUUAGUGCGGGAAAACCAUCUGAGCCCUAGGGCUUUGUCAAUUUAGACUCAAAAGGCUUAAUACCCGAAACCACCUUGGCAAGAUACUUACCCACCGGCCAUCUCUGUUUACUCAUGAAUGUUAAAUGUCAAAACGCAGCGCUCUAACCCUGCAUAGUCUUUACUUGCAAAUGUCUGUAAUCUGUAAUUGUGAUACCUCUGAUGGAAUAAAUUAUCUCUUUUUCAGUCUCCUCUA